AAAAAUACAUAAGCAAAAUAUGCUGACUAAAAUAAACCCACAAUGAGCAGGGUUAUGGGAAAUUACAUUGAAAAUAAAAUAAAAAAAAUAAUCCGAGGAAGAAGAAGUCAGUUGCCUAGCAACUGUUGGAAGCCUAGCGUCAGUUAGCAAGCUAGGAGAUGAGCUAACACACGGAUCGUAUGACCCUAAAAAGUGUAUAAAUGCCACUAAAAAGAAGAGGACCUUUGCAGCUAGCUCAGAGAGAAGUGGAUGAAAUAAAAAAACAGGUUGACAGUCUGGAGAAGGAUGCCCAGAGUCAGGCUGGAUCCACUGAAGAGGCCUUUCGAAGAUGCCAAAAACUGCAAAUGUCAGCAGAGGAGACACUAAGGACACUAAAGAAACUGAGCAAGGCUGAUGAGCUGGCUCCAGUGGGGAAUUAUGAUCAGAGGAAACAGGAAGAGGAGCGACGAGUGCAAAACAUCUUGGAGCGUCUAAAAACUCUCUCUCUGGAGCUGUCGCCACCAGGACCUAGCACUGAAGCAGGUAAUGUUUCAAAGGAAGAUAGUGAAGAUAGUGCUGAAGAAGACGAUGACGAAGACAGUAACGAUAAUGAAGAAGAGCAUGUAGAAAAUGAUAACAACACUGGCAGUGAUGAGAGGCGAGAUUUGAAACCGCCAUCUCAGUCAGAUGCUCGCAUCUACAUGGUCCUCAGUGAUUUCAAAGGAGAGCAGGAAGGAGAUCUGUCUGUUCGGAAGGGGGAGGUGUUGAGGAUUAUCAGGAAGACAGCAGAUGGAUGGUGGCUGGCUCAGAACACUAAAGGCAGCAGAGGAGUGGUUCCAAAAACCUUCCUGAAGAUUGGCUCUAGUGUUGAUGAUGACGAUGAUGAUGACGAUGAUUCAAAAGAAGAUGAUGAUGAAAAGGAGGAGUCGGAAGAGGAGGAAGAUCAAGAUAGUGAAGAAUUAACUGAUGAUCCAGACAAACGGAGUGCUUCACAGUCUAACUGGUGUACAGUCAAAAAGGCUCUGAGUGAGAUUGAUGCAACAGAUGUGCUCUCCGCCAUGGGUGCUAUACCUUCAGGAUUCAGACCAUCAACUCUCAAUAAAUUACUGGUGGAGGAAGGUCAUUAUGCAGCAAGUAUAACAUACAGAGGAAGUCAUUACAUUCAGCCUCAGCUCAGCCAAUCACAGCUCUCCUUUAAGGACCUCUUCCUGGACCCAGAUACUGGCAAGGUUCGUCCUCGGCAGGUCAACACGAGUGUUUGUUUCAGUUUGUGGAGCUGCAGGAUGAUUCCUACUCCUGGGGUUGGUGUUCAAGUCCUCAGCCGGCACGUCCGCCUCUGUGCCUUUGACGGAACUCAGGUUUUGAGUAACAUCCACGUAGUCAGAGCAACCUACAACGCCAAGAGCCCAAAGACCUGGAGCUUCUCUCCGAGGGUGACCGGUAUCUUACCCACCGUCUUGGAUGGAGACUGUUUUCUGCGCUGCAACUCCACGUCGCCUGACCUCGGGAUCCUCUUUGAAUUAGGAGUCACUUUUAUACGAAAUUCUACUGGAGAGAGAGGAGACCUAAGCUGUGGUUGGGCUUUCCUCAAAUUGACUGAUGAUGCAGGAAAUCCUCUGCCGAACAGGACCUAUGAACUGCCUGUGAAUGGUGGCACUCCAUAUGAGAAGGAUGUAGCAGUGGAGGCGUCAGCCACUAGAGGAUCUCCAAGUGGUGUUUUCCAGCAGAUGCUCCAAGCCAGGCGGCAGCCCAAACUUAUUGUUAAGCUGAAAUCAGCCAACAGCCGGACGCAAACACAGCUCAGUGUCCUUCCAGAUACUCUCCUCCACUGCCUAAACUGCAUCCAUCUGCUGGUUCUGCACAGGCAUCUGCUCGCAGACGCACUGCUGAUGGACAGGCCCACAAUGCAGAAUGCAGAUCUAAUAUGCAGUCCUAUACUUUCAACCUUUCCCGUGUUGUUGGACCAGCCAGACCUGUUAGAUGCUCUCAGGAGUGCCUGGCUGGAUGCUGAGACUAACAUGAACAGAGCACAAAAGAGGGACCUCUCCUAUCUAAAACUGGAGUUUGUUAAAGUCUACAUGUCAUCUGUGUAUUUCCUGCUCCACUCUCCAUCGCUGCCCUGUUAUCGUUGGGCGGACCCGCUCUCUGAGGAGCAACGCGCAAGAGUCAUCUACACAAUGCUGGAGAAAAACCAACGCAACAACACCGGCCAAUCAGGAGGUCCUGAUGUCUUUGUUGAUGGCGCUCACACGCAUCUCGCUUUUGAUGUUACAGAGUUGACUUUUGACCUUCUCCGUGUGGCGUGGUGACAAUAACGUCAUCUCCCUCUGGCUGAAGGUGCUAUUUGGUUGAAGUUAAUUAUCCUAAUUUUUACAUAUAUUUUGAAAAUAAUUAAAGAUUAGAGCUUGCAAUAUUC